GCGACAUCGCUGCAAGCCGGGGUGCGUAAAGUUUGGGGGCUGAAGAUGGAGCUUCGCUCUCGAUCAAGGUCCCGUCGCACAACCUCUCCUUCCAUCCCCUUCCCUUCGUUCUUGUUCAAUCGUCUUUAUCUUCUGUAUAUAGCUUGCGAUCCAGUUAGUCCGACCAUGCGCGAACGGAAACCAUGCCGCCUUUCCUUCGCGAGCACACGAAUGACCAGCCAAAGAGCUAUGCACAGGUGAUCCGCUCUUUACAGAAAGGGCAGCGCGCGCAAACCUUCGACCCAGGAACCAGAGCCAAGACAACGACGGAAGGGAAUGCGAUCCGCGCGCGCUUUCAGGGGAUAGUGAAGAGUGUGCCGGUGGUCAAGAAGAAUACUUACAAGCAUGAGCCGAUCGAUUAUGAUAACGAGAUUCGGAUUUUGAAGAUUCUGCAUGGCAAGGGGGAUGAUAGGAUCGAGUGUAUGUUGUUUCCGAGUCGAUUUCGGCCGGAGAAGGAGUUGGUUAAUGGUAACGGGAAUGUCAAUGGGAAGGCGACAGAGGAGGGGAGGACGGACAGAUAUUGGGCUCUGAGUUAUUGGUGGGGUGAUGUUAAUGAAGUUGCUGGGAACAAGAUUACCAUAUACCAUGAUACGGGAGGACGAGGCCAACGUCAAACCAUGACUGAGUUAAACCGGUCAGGAACCUUUUAUGUACGAAACAACCUCAAAGCCGCGCUCCUCCGCUUCCGCGAUCCCCACGACGAUGUUAAUGUUUGGGUCGACGCCCUGUGUAUUGAUCAGGAAAAUAAUGUAGAAAAGAAAGCGCAGGUCUCGCGCAUGCACGAAGUUUAUACCCAGGCGGAGAACGUGUGCGUCUGGCUCGGAGAAGGAAAAGAGUCGACUCCGGAGACCUUCUCAUUCUUAAGAGAGAUCCUAGACUUGCGUAAUUUUGAUGAACUGAUAGCGGACCCGGAGACGACAUCCAGGAAGUGGGCGCUGAUAGUGGACUUAAUGAGUAAUAGGUGGUUCAGUAGGAGAUGGGUCAUUCAAGAGCUGGCUUUGGCUAGGAAGGCUUGUGUCCUCUGGGGAGAUGAGGAGUUGGAGUGGAGUAAUUUUGCAGAUGCGAUUGCGUUGUUCAUGACCAAGUAUGAGGAGAUCAAGAGGACGAGUCUCGAUCCCAAAGGAUAUCAUGAUGCGGUUGAUGCAAGAGCUUUGGGCGCGAACACGAUUGUUCAUGCCACCACGAAUUUGUUCCGGAAAACUCAAGAAGGAAGGGUUCAACAACGUUUAUUGCCGCUAGAGAUUUUGGUUUCGAGUCUGCUGCUGGCGUUUGAAGCAUCCGAACCGAGAGACACGAUCUUUGCGGUCCUCACUUUGGCCAAAGAUUCAAGAUUCGCAGAGGAAAACACAGAUGCUAUUAUAGAAGACCCUCGCAUAUCUCCAGAUUACGACAAAAGUCUUUUGGACGUCUAUGCAGACUUCAUGAACUACUGUGUUGAGAAAUCGCAGUCGUUGGAUAUCCUCUGCAGAUACUGGGCUCCGUUACCAAAACCCCUGACUAGGGAACAAGCAUUGAAGCUAGGUAAUUCAGGACGAGACAAGGAAGAGAAAAUGCCAACUUGGAUUCCAUUCAUCUCUCGCUCUGCAUUUGGAGAGCCGCACGGCGUAUUGGGAGGCAGAGUCAAUGGAGACAGCUUCGUUGGUGGUCCGGAAAGAAAGGGUCAACAGACUUACAAUGCGUCGAAUAAUCUUCGAGCCUGGGCGAAAUUCGGUACCUAUGAGCUGGACCCCUCGAGGGAUCCGGCACGACGAUCGACGUUUCCUGCAAAUUUCAUGAGACAAGGGAGCUUUUCGUCGAAUAAACGCCCCGAGUUAGGCAAGACCCAUGUGAAUGAAAACCAGCCACACCAUUCGAGGAGUGAUGGUGCAAUGAAGGAUCUAGUUGCGGCAAGACAGCCCUCGUUAUCCCCGGAGAAGUACGACGGCACGCUGAGUGUGAGGGGCUUUUGUUUGGAUCAUGUACACGAAGUCUCUGGAAGGGUGAUGGGGAAGGGAGUCAUACCCGUUGAAGCCUUAACGAUGGGAGGGUGGCAACAUAGAGGGCCGGAGGAUUUGAAUGUUCCAGACCAGCUCUGGCGAACUCUUGUCGCUGAUAGAGGACCAAAUGGAACCAGCGCUCCUGGAUGGUAUCGAAGAACUUGUUUAGAGUGUUUGCAACACACAGAUCGUGUCGGAGAUCUCGAUAUCGAAGGCCUGAAAAAGAGCGUUCUGCCUAGGACGCCAAGCACGAUGAUCACCUUCCUGGAACGAGCACAACAGAUUGUGUGGGGCCGGAGGUUCUUCAAGACAAGAGGCAACAAAAAUAAAAAUAAGGAGCCGUUGUUCUGUUUAGGAUCCCCGGAUGUAAGAGAAGGAGAUCUAAUUUGUAUCAUUUUUGGCUGUAGUGUUCCUGUGGUAUUGAGAAAAGUUUCAACCGGUGGAGGAAACUCCCAUUUUGAGUUUAUUGGCGAGUGCUAUGUUCAUGGGAUGAUGGAUGGGGAGGCUUUGGAGGGCCGGCAGCCGAUGUAUCCGUAUGGUGGGAAGAAAUCUUGGGUGAUGACUUUUAAGUUAAAAUAGUUUAGGUGAGAUACCAAUAAUAGUUGUGCACUCCAUAGUUUUAACCAAGCGAAGUCAACAUUUGAAGUGUCGG